AUGACACAAGCCAACCUCCUCUCUCCACCCGCGCAAAUACCACCGCCCACCGCCCUCGCCCUGUCCCAAAAAGCCCCCCUCGUCCUCUCCACAACACCAACGUCGACGCUCCCGUGGCCCCUCUCGCUGCUCUUCUCCCGCGAGACACCCGAAACAUGGACCAUCCACGAGAACCUCUUCCUGUCGACACUCCGCACCGGCGACGAGAAUGCCGCCCUGUCAAUUCUGCAGCGCCUCGAGGCCCGAUUCGGCGACCACAACGAGCGCAUCAUCACAUUGCGCGGCAUCUACAACGAAGCAACGGCCCGGUCAGACGCCGAGCUGGAGAAAGUGUUCGAGGCGUAUGAGAAGAUACUCCGCGACGACCCCACCAACAUGAGCAUCCGGAAGCGGAGGGUUGCCGUGCUCAAGGCGCUGGGCAGGACCGCCGAUGCCAUCACCGCCGUGGCCGUGCUCCUGAAGAACAGCCCCACCGACUCCGAGGCAUGGGCGGAGGCGAGCGAGCUGUAUGCGAGCCAGGCAGCGUGGGGACAGGCGAUAUACUGCGCAGAGGAGGUUCUGCUCAUCACGCCGAAUGCAUGGAGUGCUCACGCACACAUUGCGACCCUACACUACCUCUCCACAGCCUCCAACAACCCACCCAGCCUCAGCUCCCUCGCCCUCUCACUAAAGCACUUCUGCCGCUCCGUCGAGCUCAACGACGCCUACCUCCGCGGCUACUACGGCCUCAAGCUCCUCACCACAAAGCUCAAUGCCAUACUCUCCGACUCCGACUCAGCAGCCAAGCGCAACACACAAGAAGACGAUGACGUCCCCGUCCCCAACGCCCAAACCGUCAAGAAGCUCGAGGAAAUCGCUACAAACAAGCUCGCAGAAAUCAUAAGGCAAUACAAGUCAGGAAACAAGGCCUGGCAAGGCUACGACGAGGCCGAGAUCAUCGCGGCGCGGGAGCUGUUAGACAGAGACGGCAAGACGGAGCGGUGA